UCUUUUCAAGAGAAGUAGAUCCUGUUAGGGAUCAGAAUAGAAAGUACGUAUAAAUUUCAUAUUAAAUUUCUAACAGGAAAAGUAAAAUAAUUUUCAUUAAUUAUUGAAAAUUCGACACGUGUUCUGAAGCUACAAUCUCAAUGUUGCUUGAAUCCGAUUGAUUUACUUGCAUUCUCUUUGUUGGGUUUGUAUACAAUCUUCUACUAAUUGUUAAAAUGGAUAAAGUCAAUAUGGACGAUAAUUUUGGAGAUAUUUGCCAUCUAUUCUUAUAGUUAAAGAUACCUUUAAUCGUGUACUUGAGGACAAAACUUGUAACAUGUUUUCCUUUCUUUUGUAAAACAAGGAAUUUGACAAAGUCCAAAUGCAAUCUCAUUCUUGGAAGAAACAAGGAGAAAGCCAAACGUGCAAAUUGACACUAUAUAUAAAAACUGCAAAGAUAAUAAGAUUAGCUGUUAUUAGUUUUGUUUGGUGACUUCUCAACGGGGAAUAUUACUUUUAGUUUAAGAACACCCACCAACUUAAUCAUAUUAGUUGCAUCUUCUAUUGACUCUUACAAACAUAUUUUCUAAACACUCAAGUAGCCAAUGAAGGAACAAGGUGCAACACUCUACUUCAAACACCUUAUAUAUACUCAUCAUUCUCACCUAUCUCUCCCACCCUUCUUUUCUUCAAACUUAAAGCACUAACAAUGGAUCCUUCCUUUACUUCAAAAUCCCUUCUGCAUGUUUUUCUUAUCUUAGGCUUUCUUGGUACCACCAGAUUGCAUGCAAGUGACACUCCUCUGACACUGGAUUACUAUGCAUCAACUUGCCCCACUGUGUUUGAUAUUGUCAGUAAGGAAAUGGAAUGUGCAGUUCUUUCUGAUCCCCGCAAUGCAGCAAAGAUAGUCCGGCUACAUUUCCAUGACUGCUUUGUUCAGGGAUGCGAUGGAUCCAUUUUGCUUGAUGAUACAGUCACACUUAAAGGUGAGAAAAAGGCAGCUAACAACAUCAACUCUUUGAAAGGCUCGGCAAUCGUUGAUAGAAUAAAAAACAUGGUUGAAUCAGAGUGCCCUGGAGUUGUUUCUUGCGCUGAUAUUCUCACAAUUGCAGCCAGAGAUGCUGUGAUUCUGGUAGGGGGGCCAUACUGGGAUGUUCCUGUGGGAAGGAAGGAUUCUGUCACUGCAAAUUUUGAACUUGCCAACACCAAUCUUCCCACUCCAGAGGAGAGCCUUCUCUCUAUCAUUGCCAAGUUUCUUUACCAAGGUCUAUCUGUGACUGAUAUGGUAGCCCUUGCAGGAGCCCACACCAUUGGCAUGGCACAGUGUAAGAAUUUCAGGUCAAGAAUUUAUGGAGGCUUUGACUCAGUAUCAUUGAAAAAUCCAAUUUCUGAGAGUCACCGCAGCAACCUGAGAUCUGUUUGUCCACCUGUUGGGGGAGGAGACAACAACAUAACUGCAAUGGACUAUAUGACACCUAAUCUGUUUGAUAAUUCUUUCUACCAGUUACUGCUAAAUGGGGAGGGAGUUCUCAACUCAGACCAAGAAAUGUACUCAAGUUUGUUUGGUAUUGAAACUAGAGAGCUUGUGAAGAAGUAUGCAGCAGAUCCUCUGGCUUUCUUCCAACAGUUCUCAGAGUCAAUGGUGAAAAUGGGAAAUAUAACAAACUCGGAAAGCUUCAUCACUGGGGAAGUUAGGAAGAACUGCAGAUUUGUCAACACAUAGACUUCAUUUUUCUGUUUUAUAUGCCUUUUUGUUUGCUUCCACACACAAAGAACCACCAAUUUAUGUGUUCCAGCUACAACAAAUUGAUAAUUCUAAACCAAGCUAGCAAUUAUACAAUGAACAAAUUAAGUGAGAA